AUGGUAUUUCAUCCUUGUGUCAGCAGCAGCAAUAGCAGCAAGUACUUCGCCAGCAACGAUUCGUCGGACACGUCGCGGAAAGCGCGCAAGUCCACGGAGGCCCAAGAAAGGGAGCAUACGACCUUCAAAAUGCAUGUGGACAACCCGUUAUGGAGCAUGAUCAAGCAGACACCCGAACCCGUCAUGAUGACCUAUCAGAUCAUUCCCAGGGAUCAGGCCCAGGUUCUUCAAGAAGACAGGGAGAAGCUGGUUCUGAUGCAGCCCAUGCAGCCCUGGUUCACCCAGGACCAGAAGAAGGAGCUGGCCGAGGUCCAUCCCUGGAUCCAUCAACACGGUCCCACAGGAGAUCAACACACAGGGUUGUGUGAGUUGUAACACCAUGGAACCAGGUGAAGAACUGCAUCUUCAGACUGACUCUCCAAACCCUCCCACUCCUGAC